AUGGUGUCCCAGAGGAAAGAGUUUGUGCGGGCGUUUCCAGACCAUCUCUGGCGCCCCAGCACUACUCACACUCCCAAGUUUCUCGGACAGGAGAAAGAUGCCGGGCUGUGGAGGGACACCAACUAUGGCGAAGGAGUCAUAAUCGGUGUAGUCGACACCGGCAUCUAUGCGGCGCAUCCUUCCUUUGAUGACAGUGGCAUCCCGCCACCUCCAUCAAAGUGGAAGGGUUCAUGCCAUGGUACUGCUGCUGCCCAUUGCAAUAACAAAUUGAUUGGUGCGAAGUUCAUCACCGUCAAUGACUCUGGAGAUGUCAUAGGGCAUGGGACACAUACCUCGUCCACGGCUGCUGGGAACUUUGUCAGUGGUACCUCGGCCCAGGGUCUCGGCAGGGCCACAGCAGCCGGGACUGCUCCACAUGCACAUCUGGCCAUGUACAGCAUGUGUACGCUUCGUGGGUGUGACUCCGCUGACAUCGUUGCGGGGAUAGACGAAGCUAUCAAGGAUGGGGUUGAUGUGCUCUCACUCUCCCUCGCCCCUGUUUACGAUGUUGAGUUCAGUGCAGACCCGGUAGCCAUUGGUGCACUCAGUGCAGUAGCUAAGGGCAUCGUUGUCGUGGCUGCAGCUGGGAAUAACCGACCCAAAUCAUUUCUUGCAAAUUCUGCACCAUGGUUGCUCACAGUUGCAGCUGGCUCAGUGGACCGAAGCUUCGAGACUGUUGUGCAGCUUGGGAACGGCAAUCGCAUCAAUGGAGAGGCUUUUAACCAGAUUACAAACUCAAGCUCCAAGCCCAAAUCUUUUCCUCUGCAUUUGAACAAGCAUUGCAAAUCAUUGCCUGGAAAAAAUGUGGCCGGCAAAAUUGUGAUUUGCCAUAGCACAGGACCAAUGAAUGACACUGGGCCAUCAAUCAACAAGACCGACAUCAGUGGCAUCAUCAGUGCUGGGGCGGCUGGUGUAGUGCUAAUAAACAUGAAAGCUGCUGGUUUCACCACCCUUCUCGAGGACUAUGGCAAUGUGGUGCAGGUGACUGUGGCUGAUGGCAACAAUAUCACAGAGUAUGUGAGGACAACAAGCAAAGCCAGUGCCAAAGUCAUAUGCAAGAACACUGUCCUUGGUGUCCGUCCAUCUCCCACGGUCGCGGCAUUCUCAUCCUGCGGUCCCAGCGCGUUCAGCCCCGGUGUGCUAAAGCCAGAUAUAUUGGCACCUGGGCUCAACGUCAUUGCUGCAUGGCCACCACUCACCAUGCUUGGAUCCGGGUCAUUCCACAUAAAAUCAGGGACGUCCAUGUCGACUCCACAUGUCAGUGGUGUCGCUGCGCUUGUCAAGAGCUGCCAUCCUGACUGGUCUGCUGCUGCUAUCAAGUCAGCCAUCCUCACCACUGCUGACAUCAUGGACAGCACUGGUGGCCCGAUCUUGGACGAGCAGCAUCAGAGGGCAACCGCGUACGCCAUGGGUGCUGGCCAUGUCAACCCUACAAAAGCAGUUGAUCCAGGCCUUGUGUAUGACCUUGGCAUUACUGAAUAUGCCGGCUACAUAUGUGCUCUCCUUGGUGAUCAGGACUUGGCAUUCAUUACGCGUGACCCGAGGUUGUCCUGCAAAAUACUUCCCAAGAUACCUGAAGCACAACUCAACUACCCUACCAUAACGGUGCCACUCAAGACAAGGCCGUUCACAGUCCACAGAAUUGUGACAAACGUGGGCCCAUCAAAUUCCAUAUACACACUGAAGAUGGAGAUCCCCAAAUCUCUUACAGUGCGAGUCUACCCAGAGACGCUGGUGUUCUCCAAGGCUGGACAAAAGAUUAGAUAUAGUCUGACGGUGAGCAGCUCUGACAGUGAGAGCUCAAACUUCAUGGAGGGAAGUUUGAGCUGGGUCGCAGUGACCCAUGUUGUGCGCAGUCCGAUCGUUGUCGCACUUUUGAUUUCCAUGUGUGGAAACUAA